AGUCAAUUCUUGAAAAUGUGGAUACACCAGAAUUGCUUUGCAAAUGUGUUAAGUGCAUUCUUUUGGUGGCUUGAUGUUACCCUCAUAUUUCAGCACUAAUUUUAGGGAUACAGUUGAUAUAUUAGUUGGAUGGCAUAUAGAUCAUACUCAGAAACCUUCGCUCACGCAGCAGGUAUCUGGGUGGUUGCAGAGUUUGGAGCCAUUUUGGGUAGCUGAUCUUGCAUUUUCUACGACUCUUCUUGGUCAGUUUCUAGAAGACAUGGAAGCAUAUGCUGAGGACUUCAGCCAAGUGGCCUCUGGGGAAUCAGUGGAUGAAGACGUGCCUCCUCCAUCAGUGUCAUUACCAAAGCUGUCUGCGCUUCUCCGGGUAUUUAGUACUGUGAUUCUGUACAGAGUAAUGAGAUGUGUGACGGCUGCAAACCAGGUGUUUUUUUCUGAGGCUGUGUUGACAGCUGCUAAUGAGUGUGUUGGUGUUUUGCUCGGCAGCUUGGAUCCUAGCAUGACUAUACAUGGUGACAUGGUCAUUACAUAUGGAUUAGACCAACUGGAGAAUUGCCAGACUCGUGGUACCGAUUAUAUCAUCUCAGUCUUGAAUUUACUCAUGCUGAUUGUUGAACAGAUAAAUACAAAACUGCCAUCAUCAUUUGUAGAAAAACUGUUUAUACCAUCAUCUAAACUACUAUUCUUGUGUUAUCAUAAAGAAAAAGAGGUUGUUGCUGUAGCCCAUGCUGUUUAUCAAGCAAUGCUCAGCUUGAAGAAUAUUCCUGUUUUGGAGACUGCCUAUAAGUUAAUAUUGGGAGAAAUGACUUGUGCCCUAAACGACCUCCUGCACAGUCUGCAACUUCCUGAGGCCUGUUCUGAAAUAAAACAUGAGGCUUUUAAGAAUCAUGUGUUCAAUGUAGACAAUGCAAAAUUUGUAGUUAAAUUUGACCUCAGUGCCCUGACUACAAUUGGAAAUGCCAAAAACUCACUAAUAGGGAAACAUUCAUACAGGUUGAAUAUUCCUUAUCUGAAAUACUUGGGACUGGAAGUGUUUUUGAUUUUGGAUUUUGGAAUACUUUUUUUUUUUUGGAGAUAGUGUUUUACUCUUGUUGCCCAGGCUGGAGUGCAAUGGUGUGAUCUUGGCUCGCUGCAACCUCCGCCUCCCAGAUGUGGGCGCUAUCUCCAACUGUCUUUGCACUUCUGAGUAAGAAUCUGAUGAUUGUGCACAGUGACCUGGCUCUUCAC